AUGGGUUGUGGACAGAGUUCGGAGUCCAAGGAGGGCAAGCAGCGAAAUGAGGAAAUUGAGAAUCAAUUGAAGAGGGACAAAAUGAACCUGAGGAAUGAGAUCAAGAUGCUGCUGCUGGGAGCAGGUGAAUCAGGAAAGUCGACCAUUCUGAAGCAGAUGAAGCUCAUCCACGAGGGCGGCUACUCAAGAGAUGAGCGGGAGAGCUUUCGGGAAAUCAUCUUCUCCAAUACCGUGCAAUCAAUGCGCGUCAUCCUGGAGGCCAUGGAGAGUUUAGAGCUGCCACUUGACGACCAGCGUGCCGAAUACCACGUGCAGACAAUCUUCAUGCAGCCCGCGCAGAUCGAAGGCGACGUGCUUCCACCGGAGGUCGGGCAAGCAAUCAAGACCCUGUGGGCGGAUGCAGGUGUCCAGUCUGCAUUUCAAAGAAGCAGGGAGUACCAGCUGAACGACAGCGCCAAAUACUACUUCGACUCCAUCGACACCAUCGCAUCACCCACCUACAUCCCAUCAGAUCAGGAUGUUCUGCGAUCGCGUGUCAAGACCACGGGUAUCACCGAGACCACAUUCAUCAUCGGCGACCUCACCUACCGCAUGUUUGAUGUCGGUGGACAGCGAUCAGAGCGAAAGAAGUGGAUACACUGCUUCGAGAACGUGACGACGAUCCUCUUCUUGGUCGCCAUCUCAGAAUAUGACCAGCUUCUCUUCGAAGAUGAGACCGUGAACAGAAUGCAGGAAGCUUUGACUCUGUUCGACUCGAUUUGCAACAGUCGAUGGUUCACGAAGACCAGCAUCAUUCUAUUCUUGAACAAGAUCGAUCGGUUCAAGGAGAAGCUGCCCGUGUCACCGAUGAAGAAUUACUUCCCCGACUAUGAGGGCGGCCAGGACUACGGCGCUGCAUGCGACUACAUCCUGAACAGAUUCGUAUCACUCAACCAACAUCCUACCAAACAGAUCUACACCCACUUCACAUGCGCCACGGACACGAUGCAAAUACGGUUCGUCAUGGCCGCUGUGAACGACAUCAUCAUCCAGGAGAACCUGCGCAUGUGCGGACUGAUAUAA